CCACAGUGCACCUUCAGCAGCAGGAUGCUGUCAGCUAACACACCACAUCCGCUGUUACUCUACAGACAUGCUCUUGUUGUUUGUCUGUCAUAUCACUAUUAGCAGUUGAUUGAUAAUGAUAGGAUUCAAAAACAACAUUGCAUUUAGCUAACCUAGUACUGUUUGGUACAACAAACCCGAAACCAGUUGUCAGAGGAGAGUCAGAAGACAAUAAUUUUACCGACCACAGCCAUCAAUACUGUUGGUGACAAACAAAGUAGUAACUUAUGAUGGGUUUCAUUCUUCUCCCUUGCCAACAUUUAGGAGUGAAAUGGCAACAUUUCCAACCUUUUAUUGGUUUUUAUUUUCUUAACUUUCUUAACCCGUUAUAUCCUCACUCACUGACACAAUUAAGUUUUUACACAACAACAAGUUUUUAGUUUUCCAGCCAAGGAUGGUCCGGUUACUAGCCAGGAAUAUUUUCAGUGUUCAAAAUUAGAUAAUUGGACAACACUUUCGAAUGUCAUCUUAAGAAGUUACCAGUCAACAUGUGACCCCUGCUGUGAUGCCUCCAACCAUGGCUCAGAUCAGUGAUCCAAAGAUCGCUUUUGCCUACCUGCGCCCAGCCUGUGUCCUGCUGACCCGGGAACCAACUGUGACCAAUGUGGAGACACUGAGUGGCCAGUUAAAAGAGGUGAAUGAUGCAACAUUGCAGCAGCUCCAAGAGUAUGUCCUCUUCCCUCUUCGCUUUGUCCUUAAAGUCCCUGGGCCCAAGAAGGAGAAAUUGGUGCGGGCUGUGACCGAGGCCAUGAGCUACGUCCUGGAGAACACGUGUGUCCAGAGCUGGGAGACCCUCUGUGACCUCCUCUCAGAGCUCUGUCUCUGCCUCUGCUCUCCAGCUGAUCCUGGGAAACCUGCAGAUACAUCAGAGGAGCUGAAACUGGCUGUGCUGAGGUGCCUGGACGCCCUGCUUCAUGCUGCUUACGGUGAUAUAGUUUUCAGACUCUUUGAACCGAUAAUGCUGCCUGGGGUGGGAGCUGCCAUAUCACUGCUGCUGGCUUUGGGAGAGAAGGAGAAAUCUCGGGAUGUACAGGCAGCAGCGCUGAAGUGCCUCCAGGCUUUGACUGUGCAGUGUGACUGCUCUCAGGACCACGUCGUCCCAUCCUUAGAGGAGCGACGAACUAUGGGCAGCACCAUGGCUUCAUUCUUACCUGGGAUCACGAUGGCUGUAGCCAGGAUCAUUACUGGAGAUCUGAGACAAGGCCAUGCAGUUACAGUCAGGGCCAUCAAGGUUUGGUCCAGGGCUGUGGGGCUCGUCAUGGAGGAUGCCCAGCUUCAGGCCAGUGAGCCUUGGAAGACUCCCUCACCAGACCUGGGUAAGAUUGCACAGCUGGUGGUCCAUCGGACACAGGACUGGGUGAAGAGCACAGCAGGGAAACUGUCAGUGCUGCUGAAGAAGAUUGUCUCCUGCACCUCGGCCCACCAGCACUGGAGGGUUCGGCUGGAGCUGGUGGAGCUGGCUGACCACCUGCUGGACAGGUGUAGUCAGUCACUAGGAGAGUGUGUUGGGCAGCUACUGGAAGCACUGGUGGGAGCAGUCAAUGAUGAGGAGCCUAGAGUCAGAGAGAGGUGUCAGGUUGUUCUCAGAGAGGUAUCACAGAGGAAUCAGAGCUGUAGCAGCAGCAGUGCUCAGACCUUCACUGACGUGCUCUCAGAGAAUCUCCACUCUUUGGCCACCUCCCUGCCCAGACUGAUGAGGACCUCUGAUGACCAGAAGAAACUGUUUGUCCUCAAUGUGUUUCUUGGUUACUUAAAAGUCCUGGGACCACUUGUCUCUGUGGUGCUGAACUCAGCUGCACAUCUGGAGAGGAUUUCCAUAGCCUUGAUGCAGGUGCUGGAGCUGGAUGUGAUGGACGUUUCCAUUGUAGAAGAAAGAAGUUACAGCUCCACCAUAGAAACAAGUUCAACCUCUCCUGAUUCCUACACUGCUCAUAUACAGAGGAAGCAUUUUCUCUACUUCACUGAUGAGAAGAUCUUGUCUGUGCUCAUGGAGAUCUGUCGGACAUUAGGUUACUAUGGCAACAUUUACUUGCUGACUGAUCACUUUCUGGAUCUGUAUCGCCAGUCUUCAGCAUACAGAAAGCAAGCUGCCAUGGUACUAAACGAGAUUAUCAGGGGUGCCGCAGCCAUCACCAUGGCAGCAGAGAAUCAGGGUUUGGAGGGUGAAGGUCGUGAACGCUCUGCCACCAAGGAAGACCUUACAGAAGCAGUGGUGUCUGUCAUGGAAGAAUACAUCAGUCUGAACAACUGGCACUUGAUUACUGUCAGUGAGGAGACAGACAGAGACCGACAGGACCAACAGCUGCUCAGCCCACCCAGACUCCUCUCCAUAUCCAACAGUGAUGUCAGCAACAUUAAUGCAAACUCUCUCCAAGUGAUUACAUCGUCAUUUGGCUUCCCGUCUCCCUCAUCACCCACUUCAACAAUCCACCAGCUCAACAGCAACAUCUGGCAGCUCUGCAUCCAGCUCGAGGGCAUCGCUUGCUUUUCUAAGGCCCUGGGGUGUGACUUUCGUCCCCUGUUGAUGACAUCACUAUACCCUGUGCUGGAGAAGGCUGGGGAGGAGACACUACUGGUCAGCCAGGCAGCGCUGGGCUCCAUGUGGGACAUCAGUAAAGCCUGUGGUUACCCCUCCUUGAAGGAGCUGAUCAAUGAGAACUCAGACUACCUGCUCAAUGACAUCUCCCUCAACCUGCACAGGCUCAGCCAGCAUCCACAGGCUCCACGGGUGUUGACAGUGAUGUUGACUCACUCUGACUGCAGCCUGCUGCCUCUGAUCGGGGACAUCGUUCAGGAUGUGCUGAUGGCUCUGGAUCUCAGCUAUGACCACACAGCUGCUCUUUUCUGCACUGUGCUGCACGCGCUGAUGAAGGCACUGGUGAGGUGGUUUCCCUUCAGCGGUAAAAGGACUUGUGAGUCUGCCAGACCCAAGCAGACCUCCACAGAACAGGAAGUCCUCAACGUCUGCCAGUUCCUGCUGGAUUACCGUAAACAGAAAGAGCUGGCAGAGGGCAUUGGAAUAGAGGAGGACAAUCCUGAGGACCUUGAGGUUCCUCCUCCCACGGAGUGUGAGGACAUUGAAGACACUGGAGGUCCUGAUAUGAAAGCAGAGCUUCCCUCCCACCUCAGCAUCACUAAAGAUGUUAUGGAACGCUGCAUCCAUCUGUUGUCCGAUCCCAGCCUCAGGGUCCGACUCAAGGUAUUGGACGUACUGGAGCUUUGUGUGUGUGUCCUGAGUGAGAAAGAAAAUGAACUGCUGCCCAUGGCCCAUCGCUGCUGGCCUGCCCUUCUACAGAGACUGACAGUUGAUGACCCUUUAGCAGUCCUCAGAGCCUUCAGGGUGCUGUGUACACUGGGUGAGACGUGUGGCGACUUCCUGAGGAGAAGGGUUUCUAAAGAGGUUCUUCCUAAGCUGAGCUCGUCGCUGGCACGACAGGCUCCGAUCAGCGCCAAGGCCGGACCUGUCUACUCACACACUGUGGCCUACAAACUGCAGCUGGCUGUACUGCAGGGGCUGGGCUCACUCUGCCAAAGGCUGGACUUGGGUGAAGCAGAUCUGGAUGCUGUUUGUGAAGCCUGUCUGCCCUACCUGAGCUGCAGACAACCCAUCCGACUGCAGGAGGCCUGCCUAAGCGUUUUCCGACACUUAAUCCAAGUGGAUCCGGAUACUUUCUGGUUUACUCUGAACGAGCUGCACUGCCCGUCCUCCUACAUCCCACCCCACCCCGACCUCCAGCCCGUACAGCUGAGCGGGAUGGGCAGGCCGAGAGACGAGUACUCGGACAACGUGCUGAAACUGCUGGAGGAGGAGUUUGGCUCGUUAGCUUCGACAGUCAACCAGCCAGUCAGCUAAUGAGCUGGUGAUUGAUGUGACUGACUCAUCUCUCAAACAGACGGCUUAUUGAACCACUGACGCCAAAAAGUCAAUUAACUGAAUGGAAAUGUAACAAUUGUGCCUGAAAAAGAGCCUUCAGAUGCAGUUGUGAUAACCUUCAUGGUGUACACGGCCCUGAUAAGCAGCAAAGUACAAAGGGAAAAUGUCAAUGAAGCAUCUCUGCUGUUGUUCACUUUCCUGCUGCAGGUGUAGAAACUGGGAAGCAGAUCUGACAGGUCCUCUGCAUCCAGAGACAUGCAGAGACAUUGCUGGUGUUUCUCAUUGCAUGUGAAGACACUGACAUAUACUGUAAGUAAAAAAAAUAUAUUUGGUACUCACUUUC